AUGCCCGGCUUGACUUCAGCAUCCGGCGUCCUGGGCUUCCUGUCCGACGAGGAGCCCGAGCUCAAGGUCUUCGCGCUGCAGACCCUGAACGACGACAUUGACACGCUGUGGACCGAGGUGGCCGGAUCCAUAGGCCAGAUUGAGGCCCUCUAUGAAGAUGAAUCCUUCCCCGAGCGACAGCUGGCAUCCUUGGUGCUGGCCAAGGUCUACUACCACCUGGGCUCCUACGAUGAGAGCAUGACUUUUGCUCUGGGCGCCGGCGACCUCUUCAAGCUGGACAACGGAGGCGAGUUCGAGGACGAGAUCGUCUCGCGAUGCAUGGAGACCUACAUCCGCGUCGAGAAAUUGAAACGCAAGGCCCCCAACUCUGCAAAGGACGCCUCCCUCCCGAAACUGGCGACAUCUUUUGCUGUCUCCGCUGGAAAAGACACGUCUGCUGCUGGCCUCACAUCGCCGACCACCCCCUUCUCCCAGUCGACCCUUCCUUCGAAGUCCCUCCUCUCGCGAUCUUCGACGGAGAACGUUUUGGAGCCCUCGGGCGCUGAUGGUCUUCUUGUCCCGGACCGCCCAACACAAGCUCUCCUGCAGAAGGUCAUUGAGAAACUAUUCGAGAAUUGCUUGCGGGAUGGCAGAUACAGACAGGUGGUGGGAAUCGCCGUGGAAGCGGAGAACCUGGAUGUCCUUCGUCGGGUCAUCAAGCGUGCCAGCGACGACGAGCGAAAAUCCCGAGGGAAGCAGCCUGAGGGAGUCCCGGGUCCCACAGAAGAGCUCAUGGAAUACGUCCUGGACAUAUGCAUGGGUGUCGUACAAGAACGAAGCCUACGAACGGAGAUACUACGGUUGAUCCUGGACUUGCUAAGCGAUAUACCCACGCCGGAUUACUUCUCGAUCGCCAAGUGUGCUGUAUAUUUGGACCAGGAUGAGGAUAUCUCGACAAUGCUGAAGAAGCUGGUGGCCAAGCAAGACCAAACUUCCACAGCUAUCGCAUACCAAGUCGCAUUCGACUUGUAUGACAACGGCACCCAGGAGUUUCUCUCCAAGGUGAUCAAGUCUCUUCCCGAGCAGCCAGCCCCGAAUAGCGGGAGCCCGACCGAAUCCGACCAGCUCCUUGGCGAACUCAAGGACAGCGCAGGCGCACCAGCUCCGAGCUCCGUCAACAUUUCAGACAAGGAAUACGCAACCUUCAACCGAGUAAGGACCAUUCUCGACGGCAGUGAGACAAUCAGACUCAACUUGGAAUUCCUCUACCGAAAUAACCAUACCGAUUUGAGCAUUUUGAAUAGAGUCAGAGACAGCCUGGAGGGCCGAAACUCCAUCUUUCACACGGCGGUCACCUUGUGCAAUGCGUUCAUGAACCAGGGCACCACAAACGAUAAAUUCUUCCGUGAUAACUUGGAAUGGCUCGGGAAGGCUGUCAACUGGUCCAAAUUCUCUGCGACCGCAGCGCUGGGUGUCAUCCACCGUGGAAAUCUGGCAAAUGCAAGGCUGAUCCUCGAGCCAUACCUUCCUCGAGCUACAUCGGUUGGCGGGUCGGCCUUCAGCCAGGGUGGUGCUCUCUACGCUUACGGACUGAUCUACGCCAACCACGGCGCAGAGGCUUUGGAAUACCUGAACACGCAAUUCACCCGAGCGGAUGACGAAGUCAUCCAACACGGUGGUGCGCUAGGUCUGGGUAUUGCAGGUAUGGCCACUGGAUCUGACGAGAUCUAUGAUAAUCUGAAGAGUGUGCUCUACAGCGACUCGGCUCUCAAUGGCGAGGCGGUCGGUCUCGCCAUGGGUCUCAUCAUGUUGGGCACAGGAAACAUCAAGGCUCUGGAGGACAUGAUCACCUAUGCUCAUGAAACCCAGCACGAGAAGAUUGUGCGUGGACUCGCCCUCGGAAUGGCGUUGAUCAUGUACGGCCGACAAGAAGCUGCCGAUGAACUCCUUGAGGGUCUUCUCCGAGAUCCCGACCCAACGCUCCGCUACGGUGGUAUCAUGACUAUUGCUUUGGCAUACUGUGGUACCGGGAGCAACAAGGCUGUCCGAAAGCUUCUUCACUAUGCCGUCAGCGAUGUCAAUGACGAUGUGCGCCGAAUCGCGGUCAUGAGUUUGGGUUUCAUCCUGUUCCGCAAGCCUGGCAGUGUUCCUCGCAUGGUUGAGCUCUUGUCCGAGUCCUACAACCCACACGUGAGAUACGGUGCGGCGAUGGCUUUGGGCAUCUCUUGCGCUGGCACUGGUCUGGCCGAGGCUAUUGACUUGCUGGAGCCCAUGACCAAGGAUCCAACCGACUUCGUUCGCCAAGGAGCAUUGAUCUCGCUGGCCAUGAUCAUGGUUCAGCAGAAUGAGGCCAUGAACCCAAAAGUGGCCGAGAUCCGCAAGACCCUAAAGAAGAUUGUCGGUGACCGCCACGAAGAUGCCAUGACCAAGUUCGGUUGUGCCUUGGCUUUAGGUAUCAUUGAUGCAGGUGGACGGAACUGUACCAUCGGGCUGCAAACACAGACUGGAAACCUCAACAUGGCUGGUAUUGUCGGUAUGGCCGUCUUCACGCAGUACUGGUACUGGUUCCCCUUUACCCACUUCUUGUCCCUGAGUUUCACUCCAACCUCGAUCAUUGGUCUCAAUGAGAAUCUCGAUCUUCCUGCUUUCGACUUCUACAGCGCUACACGCCCCAGCUUGUUCGACUACCCACCUGAGCAGGAGGUCAAGACGGAUGAAGCUCCAACUCUCAUUGCUACUGCUGUCCUCUCGACAACAGCUCAAGCCAAGCGACGUGCCCAGAAGAAGGAGAAGGCCCAACGUAGUGAGAGCAUGGACAUUGAACAGACGCCGACUACACCAAAGGUCAGUGUACCUACUGAUGAUAAGAUGGAUAUCGACGAGGCCAAAGAUGGAAAGCCGGAAGAGAAGAAAGAUGACAGCGACAAGGAUGCCACCACAGCCGAACUCGCCAAGAAGAAGCUCGAGAAGGAAAAGGUCGGCUAUGAGAUGCAGAACAUGUCCCGGGUCCUUCCAGCCCAACUGAAAUUUAUCAGCUUCCCAGCGGUCCGCUACAAGCCUGUCAAAAAGCCUACCGGGGGUGUCAUCAUGAUGAUCGAUACCCAACCCGACCAAGAGGUCGUUCUUAUCCAAGAGAAGGCCAAGGAUGCUCCAAUCGACGAGGCCGCCGCGCUAGCAACCCUUGAGGAUAUGCGCAACGAGUCCUUCGUCCUCAGUCGUAUGAUCGAAGAGGCUAGGUCUGCGGAUAGCCAGCUUAGGGCCGUCCGGGAGGAAGUGGGUUCAGAACUGAAGGGGGGCGAUAGAGAGGCGGAGGUCCCGCAUGACUUUGACUACAUCACUGAUACCGAGGAUGAGUUGUAA